UAGCCAGUCUUUCAUUACCAGCAAUCUGCAGUCAGCAAGACUGCACACUCGAUAGUUGGCCGCACCGACCGAAGCCAAGCCACUCCGUGAAUCGGCGUCGUCCUAUAAAUUUCCCCGUCGGAGUUCAUCCCCCCCGAUCUCUUCGUCUCUCCCCUCAUCGAGAUCCAUGGGGAUUUCACCUUAUUACAUCCUCCUCUUAAUACCCAUCCUCUCUGCCUUCUUGCUUCUCCUCCUCUCCCUCAUCGCUCGCCCCCGCCCAUCCCGGAUCCCUAUCAAGGGUCGCCACGUUUUCAUCACCGGCGGGGCCAGUGGCAUCGGUCUCGCCAUUGCACACCAGGCUGCCGCCGAAGGCGCACGAGUUUCCAUUCUAGCGCGAAACCCCAAGCGCCUUGGGGAGGCCCGGGAAGCCGUUCGUCUUGCCACCGGCGUGGAGAUCAAUGUCUUCAGCGCCGAUGUACGGGACGCCAAGGCCGUGAGCCGCGCGGUCGAGGAAGCCGGGCCUAUUGACGUGCUGGUUUGCAACCAGGGCGUGUUUAUGCCUCUGGAGCUCGAGAAGCAGGAACUCGAGGAGGUCAAGUUUAUGGUCGAUGUUAAUUUGAUGGGCACGUUCCAUUUAAUAAAGGCUGCGCUUCCGACGAUGAAGCGGAGGACCAGGGAGACUGGCCUCCCAGCCUCUAUUGCCUUAAUGUCCUCACAAGCUGGACAGGUGGGCAUCUAUGGUUAUGCAGCAUACUCCGCAAGCAAAUUUGCUCUUCGAGGCUUGAGUGAGGCGUUGCAGCAUGAGGUCAUUGCCGAUAAUAUUUAUGUGUCUCUGAUAUUUCCUCCGGACACAGAAACGCCAGGUUUUGUUGAAGGAGAGCAAGAGAGAAGACCUGAGCUCACCAACAUAAUAGCAGGAUCAUCUAAAGGAAUGAAGGCAGAUGAUGUCGCUAAAGCAUCUCUGAAUGGCAUCAAAUCUGGAAGAUUUAUCAUUCCAUGCAACUUUGAAGGAACAAUGAUAGCUAUCGCAACGUGUGGCUUGUCUCCUCAGAGUUCGUUCAUAACAGCAUUUAUUGAGGUAGCUGGUGCCAGUUUCUUAAGACUUACAGCUCUAUUCUUCCAGUGGAAUUGGUUUUGUACUAUAGAGAAGUGGCAGAAGACCAAAAACUCUUCUAAACUGAAAGAAAACACUUAUUAGCAUGUUAUAGGACGAUACUGCAGUUCUAGCUUUCUUGCUCUUUGGUUACUCUGAAAUAAUAUUAAAUUCAAGAUAAUGUUGCUAUGAACUUUCCCUUU